GUUAGUGCAUCACGGACUGGUACUGAGAGAGGAGAUCGGCUGUCCUAGUCUUUGGGCCGCCAUGUUCCUUCGGGCACUAUUGGUGGCGGCUAUCCUAGCACAAGUCAAUAGCUAUGUUAUUCCACAAGUGGCCUCAACACCCUACGUGUACCCAGGAUACCCAGGAUACCAAGGAUACCCAGGAAUUUACGGCCAUUUGUGCCCGUAUGUGGUGGUCCCUCAGCCGCAAACCUACUGUUACUUCGUGAGGCAACAAGGACCACCGCCCCCACCGCCACCACCACCGCCACCAUCGCCGCCGCCGCCGCCGCCGCCGCCGCCGCCGCCGCCGCCGCCGCCGCCGCCGCCGCCGCCACCGCCACCGCCGCCACCACCACCACCGCCGCCGCCGCCGCCACCCCCACCACCACCCCCGCCGCCACCACCACCAAUCCUGUUCCCACCUCCACCACCACCCCCCAUCCUGCCCCCAUUUCCACCCGCCAUCCUGCCCCCACCCCCACCCGCCAUCUUGCCCCCACCCCCACCGGCCAUCCUGCCCCCACCCCCACCCGCCAUCCUGCCCCCACCUCCACCCGCCAUCCUGCCCCCACCCCCACCCGCCAUCCUGCCCCCACCCCCCACCCGCCAUCCUGCCAACAUCCCCACCCGCCGUCCUGCCCCCACCCCAACCCCCCGUCCUGUCCUCGUCCUGCGUUGUGUACCCAUGCGUAUACCCAUACUGGGGCCAUUCUGGAGUCAUCGGGUAAUGCAACAACCCAAGCAGCGGCCGUGCCUGCUCUGUGGCCAUGUAACACUGAUGACUAAGGCAAUCAUACUCCACCACGGGAUACAGGACGAAAAAUGAGAGCUCUUACAACAGAAACCAUGGAUGUGAACAUAGCUGACUUGGAUAAAGGGGGCAUCCGCUCCUGCUUCGAUUCUGCCCCGCCCAGUACAGCCCCUGCUCUCCCGCCGCCGACACGAGAACCACCACAAUUAAGCUCGGCUGCAUUUUUCUAUCAGCUUCACAACUAUGCAUUCCUUAAUACUUGGCUUACUUCCCUUCUCCUCACUAGUGCUGCAUCUUGGACGUUGGCUUUCAAAUAAACAUCUGCAUCAGAGCGAA